AAACAUCUUAGCCGCAGUUUUGGCUCCUCAGGCCAAGUAGAAGACAGUCGAGAAGAAAAUGGAUUUCAUCUAUUGUUUCCGACCGUAUCACUCUUGUCGGGGAAUUUCAGUUCUGCCAGCUUCUAGCUUAAGUAGCAGACUUCCCGCCAUUAAUCGUUUCACGAGUCUCCGCUUAACGACGCCGUUUCACCUUCAGUAUCCGAAAUUUUCAAUAGAGACUUACGCGAAGAAGAAGAAGAAGAAGAACACUAAAACGACUAUCUUCGAACCAAAACCAAACAAAGAAGACGAAUCACUCAUUGAAGAAGAAUCAACAAACCAAGAAGAAGAUGAAGAUGAAGAGGAAGAGCAAGUUCUUCUCGAAGAUGUUCUAGACGAGCUACUAACUGAUGAAGAAGACGACUUCUACCUCGAAGAGGAGGAAGAAGAAGAACUCUAUGCUGGAGAUGGAGGUGGUGGAGGAGGUAUUAAGCUUGCAGGAACAACAUGGGACAAAGAAGCAUUGUCCUUAGCUGAAAAAUCAUGCGAGUCCUUUAACGGUGAGCUAGGCAUUUACGCGUUCAAGACUCUACCGAACUCCACCGUUCAAGUGAGGAUCGAGCGGCUCAGUAACAAGUCCGGUUCUCCAACGAUGGAGGACAUCGAAGCGUAUUCAAAAAUCUACAGAGCUAAACUGUCUGAAGCUGAACUCGCCAAGUCCAUACCAGACAACAUCUCUUUAGAGGUUUCAUCUCCUGGUGUUGAAAGAGUAGUAAGAGUUCCUCAGGAUCUUGACCGGUACAAGGACAGGUCAAUGUAUGUGAGGUACGCUAACGAGGAAUCUGAGACAGAAGGUGAUGGUAUCUUCAGGCUUGUUUCUUUCGACGUGGAAGCCAGAAGCUGCGUUUGGGGGAUAGCUGAUAUAAGAGUGAACCGUGAGAAGGCAGGCAAAGGCAGACCUCUGAGCAAGAAGCAAAGAGAAUGGCGGCUCGAGACUUCUUUUGAGUCACUACGGUUAGUUCGUUUGCAUUCCGAAUGUUGAAUCACACACAGAGUUAAAAGAGAAAAAGAGAAUGUCUUUUUUU